UUUCUUCUGUCAAUUCAUCUGUUCUGUCAUCAGAUUACUGGAUAAAAUGUGAAAUAAUUACAAAAAUUCUAGUAUUUGCAGACUCGUUGUUAAACCAAAAGCCACGCCCACCCCAUAUAUGCUGAUUAAUGAUGAUAAGCCGCACAGACAUUUGCUACUAUUUCGUCAUAAUUUGUCAUAAGUACGUCACUGGCUCGCCAGCUGAUUCGCUAUAAAAUUAUGAGUUUAUUCAUGCAAGGCCAGUAUAGUACGACGCCGGCGUUGCACGGUUGCUGUUACGCGUGAUUAGAAUUAAAUAUUUAUACUCUAGUAUCUGUAGAUUGGCCGGUAACCUUGGAGGCAGGUGUGGUGGUCAAUAUUUUCUUUUGUGCAGUACAUAACAGUUCCAAUUAGACAGAAUGUUGAAAACACCAUCGAAAGUGACUAUAAAUACGGGGAAUGUUUUGAACCUCAUCGAUAUUAAGAAGAAGGCUGGACAAAACGUUUCAGAGGAGCUAUCAGAGAGCAUUAAGCUGACACUGACAGAAUGGGGUUCACAAAACCCUACACCGCUACAAAACGGCUCGACCCCUGGUCAUCCACCGAGCGCCCAGAAUCCACAGACCUCCAGAACACACUCAGAUUACAUGGUAGUGUCCACGUCGACGCCCAAAGAAGCAGUGCUCAACAUCACCAGGCCGCAUGAUGACGUCAGAAACAAAAUGGCGGAGGAGGAGAGAAAAAAUUUGAAGAUUGGCGUGAAAAUUUUCAUAAAUGAAGACAGUACUGCUGCUUUGACGGAGUGCUUGGAAAAUGUGUUCACAGCCCUGCAGACGGACUACAUAGACAAUGUGAUACUGGCUUACAACCCUGAACUGUCCCACCGCGAGGAACCCGGUGACGACGCCAACAUCAACCACAGCUACGUCACCAAAGCGUCACCAAUAUCACUCGGCAGCAAUAUUGCGCGCAUGUCGAGUACGGAGGUAGACGCGGACAGCGAAGCGGACGCGCGCAAGUGUGACGCCAUCCUGCCGGGGAUCAAGGUGCUGUGGGCCGUGCUUGAAGAUUAUGUCAAACAGGGUCGCGUGCUCCAGCUGGGCGUGGCGGACGUGGGCGGCGGGUGUCUUCGCCGCCUGCACGCGUGGGCGCGUGUGCGGCCCGCCAUCGCCCAGAUCAACCUGGCCUCGUGCUGCGUCGUGCCGCCGUCCUUGCAUGCCUUCUGUCGCGCCAAUGAUGUGCAGUUGCUCACUCAUGCUGAUCCGCCAGACCUACUGUCAAUAGCGGCGGUGAAGACGUUAUCGGACGCGGGUGUCGGCUGUGGCAACCUGGAGUGGUGCGCGCGCUACCAGGUGCACAUCAAGUGUCGAGGAGUCUUGGCUUUGAAAGGCUACGUGUGUAAAGCCACCCUGGGCAACGUGGAGAAGAAACAACCGUAACACCUAUCCAGCAUAUAGAGAGAGAACAUUCGUUCAAACAAGGCACAAACAAACAGGAGGAAUUACAGGGCGGUUAAAAUGGCCACAUCGAAGCAAUUCAUCUGCGCAUAUAAAAGUAAGUGCGCAAUGCAAACAAAUGUCAAAUAGCAAUAUUGCUUUCUUAGAUGAAUUGCUUCGAUGUGGCCAUUUUAACCCCCUAGGUUAUUUGAUAGAAAUGUAAAAACAUACUUAAUUAAUACCACCGUAGGCAUAAUGGGCCAUCCACGUUUCUAAUGCGGAAAAUAGAGCCCAGUACAGUCAUGAGCAAUACCAUGUACCCACUUUAGAACCCUGUCGCACUAUCAUAUUUGAAAUUUAAUGAGACUUACGGUGUAAUUUGUCAAAAAAGUUAAUGUGACAUGGUUUCAAAGUGUAUACAUAUUAGUACUCGUGACCGUACCAUAUCCCGCAAUGUAAAGUGACCAGUGACCCUAUUUUUCAACCACUCGCCUUCAAGUCACUUUUGAAAAUACAUACCCGUUUCUCAUAGCACAUUGUAACGAAAACUUUGAGGGAUGAUUCAAACCUCUAUUCUGAAUAUUUAUCAAGUGGAAUGUUGCGUCGAAAAAGUGUUGAACUGAAAAUGAUUCAUGAAUUUUCCGACAAGAAAUUCCACUUGAUAUCAACUCAGAAUCAUGAUCUGAAUCAUCCCGUUAUUCGUUACGAUGUCACUAACACCCUGUAUAUACCUGUUUCACAUAGCUCAUCAGAAUGUGGGAUUAGCAAGAUGAGACGGGUGUAUAUUUUCGCACGUGAGUUAAAAGCGAGCGAUUCAAAAAUAACGCCCCUAACUGACGCUGCGAUGUACGGUCACGAGCAUUAAUAUGUAUACACUUUGGUACCAUGUCACAUUAACUUUUUUGACAAAUUGAACUGUAAGUCUCACUAAAUGUCAGAUUUGUUAGUGCGACAGAGUCCUUAAGUGGGUACAUUAUAUUGCUCAUGACUGUAUAUCCGUAGUAAACAUUCGCCGUCUUAUUACAAAACGAAUACUAAAUAUAAUAGCGUCGUUUCGGGCAACUACCAACUUAAUUUGACAGGACUAAAACUAGCUGCAUCUCUUUCUUACACGUAUUAGAAGAGAAGGACGGCAGUAAUUUAAGAGCUGUUGAAGAAUUGGGUUAAGUUUGGCGCCCAAACAGGCACUAAUACCAGGUUUAAAAUAGUCCCGACACCACGGCGCGGCGCGGCGCUACUGUCGCAGAUUUUGCAUAGAAAUAUGACUAGUCAAUUAGUUCCAUUAAAAUCCGAGGACUUCUUUCUUGGGGGGACUAUACUUUAGACCAGUAUGGCUAACUUACGCAACGUGAUAAAAUUUUGUCACGGACAUUUUAUCGAUACAAUAUAAUUAUGUCGUUUUGUCGAUUGGUGCUAAUAUGUGAAUCCAAAUAAGUCAUGUUCUGUCAAAAUACGAACAAAAUCACGUACGGUCACGAGCAUUAAGGUGAUUCGUUUUCCAUACAAAAGUUGAUGCAGUGCUACAGGAAAACGGAUAGAGGAAUAUUGUUAUAAAACCGAUAAAUAGUAA